GCCAAUUAUCUUGUAAGGGGGGAAAAAAUGCCUAAAGUCAAAAGAAGCCGGAAAGCUCCCCCAGAUGGCUGGGAGUUGAUUGAACCAACACUGGAUGAAUUGGAUCAAAAGAUGAGAGAAGCUGAAACAGAACCUCAUGAGGGAAAGAGGAAAGUGGAAUCUCUGUGGCCCAUCUUCAGAAUCCACCACCAAAAAACCCGCUAUAUCUUUGAUCUCUUUUAUAAGCGGAAAGCCAUAAGCAGAGAACUCUAUGAAUACUGUAUUAGAGAAGGCUACGCAGACAAAAACCUGAUUGCAAAGUGGAAAAAGCAGGGGUAUGAGAACUUGUGCUGCCUGCGAUGCAUUCAGACUCGGGACACCAAUUUUGGGACAAACUGCAUUUGCCGGGUUCCCAAAAGCAAGCUAGAAGUGGGUCGCAUCAUCGAGUGCACGCACUGCGGCUGCAGAGGCUGCUCUGGCUAAGGCCAUCUGGCCCUGAGGCUUCUCCAUCGUGGACUUUGGACCCCGGGAGCAGCUCUUUUUGGAGCAGCGCUCUGGGCCCUAGUUGGAGUGUGAUCUCUUCAGGUGAAGGUUUGGUGUCCACCAGCUGUGAUUUGUAAUAAUAAAGUCUUUAGGCCUCUUGA